AUGGCGCCGUCACUCGACCCAUACUUCAAGCAGGUAGACAGCCUCGCCGACACAUUCAUCGAUCGUCUGCGAAAAGCUGUUGCCAUUCCAUCUGUCUCGGCCGAAGAAGAGCGUCGCCCAGAUGUCGUCCGAAUGGGAAAUUUCCUCGCAGAGGAGCUGAAGAAGCUGGGCGCAGAAGUCGAGCUGCGACCGUUGGGCAAGCAACCACACAAGGAGCACCUCGAUCUACCGCCCGUCGUUAUUGCCCGCUAUGGCAACGACAAGAAUAAGCGUACGAUCCUCGUCUAUGGUCACUAUGAUGUUCAGCCCGCUCAACUCGAAGACGGCUGGGGUACGAAGCCCUUCGAGUUGACUAUCGACGAUAAGGACAGAAUGUAUGGCCGUGGUUCAACAGACGACAAAGGCCCAGUUCUUGGCUGGCUCAAUGCCAUUGAGGCCCAUCAGAAGGCUGGCAUUGACUUCCCUGUCAAUCUUCUUUGCUGCUUUGAGGGUAUGGAGGAGUACGGCUCAGAAGGCUUGGACGACUUCAUCAAUGUCGAGGCCAAGAAGUACUUCAAGGACGCGGAUGCUGUGUGUAUCAGCGACAACUAUUGGCUGGGAACAGAGAAGCCCUGUCUGACUUACGGUCUCCGUGGUUGCAACUACUACAGUAUCGAGGUAUCUGGCCCUGGUCAGGACCUGCAUUCUGGUGUGUUCGGAGGCACAGCCCAAGAGCCAAUGACGGAUCUAGCAUUAAUUAUGUCCAAGCUUGUUGACAACAAGGGCAAGAUCCUGAUUCCUGGAAUCAACGAGAUGGUAGCUCCACUGACCGACGACGAGAAGGAACUAUACGACCCCAUAGCCUACACCAUGGACAACCUUCACGAAUCUCUGGGUUCUCAAACGACCAUCACCGAAGACAAGGUGUCAACGCUGAUGGCUCGCUGGAGGUACCCAUCGUUGUCUUUGCACGGGAUCGAGGGUGCCUUCUCUGCACCUGGUGCGAAGACUGUCAUUCCUGCAAAAGUCAUUGGCAAGUUCUCGAUUCGGACUGUCCCUGAUAUGCAGCCCGAGAAAGUGACGGCCGCCGUCGAGAAGUAUAUCAAGGAGGAAUUCGCCAAGCUUAAUUCGAAGAACAAGCUCAACGUCUACCUUCAGCACGAUGGCAAAUGGUGGGUAUCGUCACCCAAGCACUGGAAUUUCUCUGCUGCGGCCAAGGCAGUGAAGCAGGUCUUCGGUGUCGAGCCCGACUAUACUCGUGAGGGUGGAAGUAUACCAGUCACAAUCACGUUCGAGCAGGCCACUGGCAAGAACGUUCUUCUUCUGCCAAUGGGCAGCAGUACGGAUGCGGCACACAGUAUCAACGAGAAGCUUGACCGGAGGAACUAUAUCGAGGGCAUCAAGCUCCUCGGCGCCUACCUGCAUUACGUUGCAGAGGAGCCGAUGAGCUAA